AAGAUUAGAUUAAAAACUAAUUGGAUAAGAUAAAUCCGUGUGAAUAAAUUCAAGUGCAGGGCUAUAGUUUUGUUAGUCGGUUUCAAAGAUGCUUCGCCUACUGAUCUUCUUGGCUUUUGCCAUUCUUGGAUGCCAGGCUGCUUGCAACGUGUGCUCAGCCACCACAGGACACUCCUGUAUCUCGGCGACGGAGUUCCAGUUCUGCUCUUCGAGUUCAGUGGCCAUUGGGACCACCUAUACUUGCCCCACCGGAUAUUAUUGCACCGAUUCCGCCAUUCUCUGCAGUUCGGAUUCCAGUCUAGUCUCCUGUUCGGGAUGCAAUAAAUGCAGUACGGAUAAUCGCUUCGCCUGUACUAGCCGGAAUACAUUCGCUCUGUGUUUGGGAAGCGCUACUCCAAGUACUUCCCUAGGGGGCACAUGCGGACCCAACUACGUUUGCAAUGUGAACGAGGCCAACAUAUGUGUGAACCCCACUCAAUACCCAACCACUUGUUGGAGCUCCGGUACUGGAAACUGUGGAUCUACCACCAUUACGGAUGCCAACGAGUAUUGUCGAGGGGUUGGAACCAUCGGAAGAUAUCCUUACGGGGGUGUUACUUCCACCACAUGCAAACAAUACGUUUAUUGCUAUGUCGUGAGUGGCGUAUUUUAUGGGAAUGUGUACAGCUGCCCCGGAGCCACUUACUUCGACAGCACCACCCAACAAUGCACCACCGCAACUCAGGCCAGGUGCUCGGACUCUGUGCAAUGCUUAACUCUUAAUAAUCGCGUAUUGCCUUAGAGUUGUUUUUUUAAAUGUUCUUUAAUUGUAACAAUUCCGUUUGAAUUCCCAUUUGCAAUUCAUUAAAAGGACUUGGUUUAAUAA